GUGUCAUUUCGAGAAGCAAUUAGUUAUUGGUUACCAUUUCUGUGUUAUUUUUUAAGGAAUUUAACAGCAAGCUGUCAUUCUUUCCCAUAUGAAUAAAUAGAUUUCGGUGUUACAAGUUAGAACAUGAAUUCACUACUGAUGCCUAAAAUAAAUCUAAAUCUAAAUUCUCUUCGCCUCCACACAUUUUGUUCACGGUUUUUUCCCUGCGAUGAAGGAGCUUAUAACAAACAAAGCUCGGAAAGCACAACGCAGUUCACAGAAAGCUUGGAAAGCUCACCAACUCAACCGUUUAAGAUCAAUACUUCGACUAGUCGGCACUAGGGUGAACCAUUGUGCAUGUACAUUCGGUUUAUUUCUCAUCUUUUCAUAUUUUUGUUUAGAAAGAGGUUAAUAACAAUAAAGUGUGAUAAGCAUAUGGUGCACAGUGUACUCACUCAUACUAGUUAUGUUAUUCGCAAAACACCACGCGCAUUUCUUGAGAUUUUAAAAUGAAUUUCUUAAAAACAUUCCGGGUUUCGAAAGAUUUAUUUUCAAGUAAAAUAAGAUCAUCUAUUCAACUGACGACAGUGAGUAUGAAGUCUUACUAUCAUAAGCAGGAUAAUUUGCGUCAUACUACCAGCGUAAAACAUAUGAAACCGAAAGGCAACCCAGAGAUGUUCAAGUCAUUACGAAACAUUUCGUCAUCCUCGAUUAUCGGUUUGCAUGAAAGUCUUCAAUUGAAAAAGCGUCCACGGAGAAAACGAGAAGACGAGAUCAACAAGUUAAAAAAAGGAUACUUAACAGUAACUGCAUUUGCGACUGCUGAAGAGUAUGACCUCGAGAAAUUACUGAGGGCUUUGAGGGAUCAAAAUCUCUAUGAACCAAAGCAGUUUCUGUCUAGCGAAGAUUGUGACUCGGACCCGGAUGUGCUACAUGUUACAGCAAAGUACAAAGUUGGUAACGAAUCCCGGGAUGUUUACUUCUUCAGGGAAGGAACCGUCGUUCUGUGGAACUGCACUGAUUUGGAAAAUAACAACAUCCUUCGAUUUUUAAGACAGUUUGAACAGAAUCCAUACGAUGAAUCCACUGUUCUUGAAGAAAGUGAAGUCAUGCUCUACAAUUCCGUCGAUGGAAAGGCUCGUCUAAAAAACAACAGUUUUUACGUUUCGAAAAACGAAGACUCUGAUUUAGAAAAGUAUACUUUUGCCAACGCAAUGUCACUUUCGGUAAAACUUGGCAUAUGGGAAGCCACACUAGAGCAGUACGUCGAAUCGAUGGCGUACGUGACAUCGGACUUGAAAAAAGGCAACAACAUUAGCAUCUCACGACCUGAAAUGCUCCGAAAAACUGGAGAACUUUUUGCUCUGCGUCAUCUCAUUAAUCUUGGGUCGGAUCUGCUAGAUGUGCCCGACUUUUAUUGGGAUAGGGAACAGCUGGAAACGUUGUAUCAACAAACAUGUUCCUAUUUCAGCAUUAAUCGACGCACUCGAGUUAUGAAUGAAAAGUUAAACCACUGUGUAGAGCUUGCUGAUUUGAUUAGUUCUAAUCUUAACGAUGCUCACCACGUUCGACUGGAAUGGAUGAUCAUUAUUUUGAUCAUGGUUGAAGUCGGGUUUGAAAUAUUACACUACGUAGAUAAAUUUGUUUGAACAAUGUUUAUGAUAAUAAAGUACCUAUCUGAA